AAAAUUAGUACUUCAGGAGCAUUUAUAAUAACGCGACGUAAAUGACAACAAAUGCGUGACAAAUAUACUAUCGAUAAAGUGAUGAAUAAUUGUUUUCAAUAAAAAUUAUGCCAAAUAAUGCAUGUGGAAACUAAUUCAACUCUUGAUUGAGGUAUAAAAUUCCUCAUUCUGAUUUAUAACCUAAGAAUUUCUAUACAAAACCUACAUUAGACGUUGACCAGAUUCUUACAACAUAAUGGCAACGCUUGACGACAAGAUUUUGGGAGAGAAGUUACAUUAUUACUGUAGCAGCUCCAGCGAAGACGAGGGCAACGAUUCUGCAAAUUCUGGAGAUGAGGACACGUCCAAGAAUCAGUGCAAACCUUUACAAUCUUCUAUUGGAGAAUCCGUAGAAUAUUCAAAGUGGGAUGGAACUUCAAGUAACACUGGACCCAAGGGUGUACUGGGUGACUGGCAGAGAUUUAAACAAAUUGAAGCUGAGAAACGAAUUGAACAAGAAAAAGAGCGAAUCGCAUUGAUGAAAAAACUUAGUUUGACCUGCAAGAGUGCCCUGGAUGAAGAGAAAGAGAAACUUGAAGAGACAGACCCAGACCUGGUAGAGCUAUUAAAUGACGACUUUUUACUCAAUUAUCAAAAGCAAAGAAUGCAAGAGAUGCUCCAGCAGGCUGAUAAGCUUAAAUUUGGCAAAGUAUUGAACUUGAAAAGUGCAGACCAGUUUCUAACAGCCAUCGAUAAGGAACACGAAUCUGUGACUGUUGUUAUACACAUAUAUGAAGCCAACAAUGAAGGGUGUAUAACGAUGAAUGGUUGCCUGUUAAUGUUAGCCACUGAGUAUCCUCAUGUCAAGUUUUGUACGAUUCAAGGCUCUGCCGCAGGGUUGAGCAGGCAUUUUAAAAAAGAGGGAGUCCCAGCACUACUAGUGUACAAAAAAGGGCAAGUUAUUGGCAACUUUGUUCGCAUUACAGAUCAUCUAGGAACUGAUUUUUACUCUUCUGAUAUCGAAAACUUUCUCAUCGAACAUGGAAUGCUUAACGACAAAAGUUGUGUUCCAUCAAUUGUAACUGGCAAAGAGAACUCCGAUUCUGAUAGCGAUUAAAGAACAUUCCUAUAAAUUAUUUUGAAACAUGAAUUGAGUCAUUGUCUAUUGCUAGACAAAACUGCCAUACUGUACGUACACUUCUUGAAUCUAUAUAAUUAUAUACCUACUUCAACCGAAUAUUAAGAUGUAAUUUAUAAUGAAACCUUAAAAUAUAUUCAUCUCUAGAAGAAGAAGAAACUCAGUAAA